AUGUCAAACUCGGAGUUUGAAAGAUUUCGGCUUGGUGGACUCGUUUCCAUCGGAGUUUCCGUUUCUGCGUUGACCUUCUUGUUCUUCUUCGUCUUGUCCAUCCAAAACUCGAUCAACAGCGUCGAGGAAGAAAUCAUGGCUCGACAGGACGCCUUCAAGGUAGCUUUAUCGAUUGAAAAAGCUUAAUUUGUUUUAAGGCGAAGUCAAACAUUAUCUGGGCUGAGCUGUCGGACACGAGUCGCAAGAUUCGUAUACCCAGAGGGUAUGACGACGCGGAGACGGUAUCUGGAAAGGGCACACUCCAUAAAUGCUCUCGUAAGAUUUUUGAAACGUCCAGAAGUAUCUAAUAUUAUGAUAGAGUGCUCUCGACUGCAUUGUCCCGCUGGAGCGAUCGGAGAAGAAGGAGCUCCAGGCAACGACGGCUCUCCUGGACUUCCAGGAAAACCAGGAGUUCCUGGUGGAGAUGGAGAAGACAUCGAGCUGGAGCCUCAGGUUUGAGUUUCGGUAGCGACAUCAGUUAUGGAGAUUUAUCUUUGUGAACAGUUUUGCAAAGCCUAACGUCCUGUGCUACAUCUAUUUUGCGACAUUUUUGAACUAUUUUCUAUAGAAUUGAAAUCGAGCUUAAAAUGCGGAAAAUUUUGUGACCACCAGUCUGCGAACUGUGAUUUAUAUUUUUUUUUCAGCCAGACGCACCUUGCUCGAUUUGUCCUGCAGGUCCCCAAGGUCCACGCGGACCGCAAGGCGAACGCGGCCUCACUGGAGCACACGGACCUUCUGGAAACCCAGGUAGACCAGGGAAACCAGGUCGCGCUGGCGAACACGGCGCCUCAGGAGCUCCAGGACCUUUCGGAAGAUCUGGAAUACGAGGUCAAAAAGGACUUCCAGGCGAUACCGUUGUCGGUGAGUUGAAAUAAUUCUUUCGAAACUUGCUUUGUGCUCCUCUCCAAUUUUUAUUGGCAGCCGAACAAACUUAGAAGAAAGUCUAACAAACCGAAGAUGUCUUCUCGAAGCUUAUUAUUACAUUUUUCAGCUGGGGAAGGAGUAAAAGGACCAACUGGACCAGCCGGAACUCCUGGUUCUUCUGGACCCCCAGGAGCGCCUGGAAGACCCUCUAACAUUCGUGGAGCUCCAGGAAGACCUGGUUCCCAGGGAUCGAUUGGAAAAACUGGAAAGGUAGGUUAAACACAAUGUUCUAAUCAUGAAAAAAGUGAUUCUAGUCUGGCAAGUACGGUGAGAUCGGAAUCGUGGGUCCUUCUGGCGAACCAGGUCUUCCAGCCACCUACUGUCCAUCUGACUGCGGCGUCAACACAAUUCUUUCUCAUUUCUCUUCUCCACAAAUGCAGGUAUUCCACUAAACACAGAGAAAAUCUACAACUUUUCUCUUUUUGAACGCCGAGUCCAUAAAUGGAGAGUCAGCAGCGCCUGCACCAGAGCCCGAAUCGUAUGAGAAACAGCAGGAAGGCACAACCGUUUCUUACUCUGAAGAGACACAGACGGAGCAGCCUGCGGCCGAAGAAUCUUUCGAAGAAACCUCUUAUCGAAACUUUUUCGGAGCCAAAUAA